AUGGAUUACGCAAUAAACAUAAUUGAAGCAAAGGAAGAAUUAUUGAAUAAAAAUAACUAAAUUGAAGGAGAAAACAAGUCAGAUGAACAUAUGUUUUCUGAACCUAUGAAAAAAUUAAGUACUCGUUUUUCAGCACCAGAUUGGAAACCAAGCUCAUUUUAGAAAUAAACUAGCAAUACUAUUGUAACUUUAGAGAGAAGUUAUCAUCCAUCUACUUCGAAUGAUAACAAUAAUGGCUAUUUGAUGCCGAUACCAUAAGAUAAGAAUUUGAUGAUAUUAAAUAGUGCUAAGAAUUUCAAUUAAUAAAAUUCCAACUCAAACUAAAUAUCUGACUCUAAAAGCACCAUCUCAUUUGGAAAUACAACUAACAUAAGCAAACUAGGAAGCUUCGGGAAUUUCAGUGAAAGCACUUUUAACAAUAACAACAAAUUUCAUAAUAUAGGAGCUGAAAGUGUGAAUGGAACUGCUGGAGCUAGGAAUCAUUAUUCUUUUCUAAACCAAUAAAGCCAAGAGGAACUCUAAAAUUUCAUUAAAAAAAUGUUCAGCUUCUACUCCUUCCAAAAAAUUUUUGUUGCACUUUGGCUAAUAAUUAUUUACAAUAGUGCCCAGUUAACUUAAAUAAUUAAAGGAAGCUUUUAUUUAUUCGCAAUCGCCGUUUUCAUUUAUAUGGCUAUUCUCAUGAUGGUGCAGAAUAAAAAUGAUUUCAUAAUGAAAUCUCCUUAUAGUAGUAUCUGCUUCUUACUUUUUACUAUUUCUGAGUGCUUUAUAGUUUCAUUCUUACUGUCAACAGCUCAUGGUACUACAGUCUUCUUAUUCGCACAAUAUCUUACUGGCAUAGUUUUAGCAAUAACUAUCUUUCUCAAUACUAAUAAUAUCAGCUGGUUUAGAGGUAUUGCAGCAACAUUACUGAUGCUAAUCUUCAUGUUCAUUCUUUCUAUAUCGACUCUAAAUUAAGAUUACACUGAUAUGACUGCAAUUCUCAUUUGUAUGUUAGGAGGACUUAUGUUCGGAAUAUAUUUACUAACCAAAGCUUUCUAGAUAUUAAAUCAUAGGUAUUCUCAUGAUUUAACUAUAGAUGAUUAUGUAAUUGGGAGUAUGACCAUUUAUUUAGACUUUGGAUUCGUACUAUUGGUAAUCAUGUUUGCAAUGCUUCUAGCAAUCAAGGAAUUUUCCUUUUGA